UUUCUUCCCCCACGUGCAGUUGUUUGCGGAAAGAUGGCGGCGCCCACUGGAGAGGUGGAAGUUGUGAAUAAAAAGCCCGCAGUGCGGAGUGUAAGGAGGGUUGCCAAUCAGAUUCCUGAAGAAAUCCUCAAAGACCCAGAACUUCAAGAUGCUAUCAGUGUCCUGCCUGCCAACUACAACUUUGAGAUACACAAAACCGUGUGGCGUGUGAGACAAGCAAAAGCCAAACGAGUGGCCUUGCAGCUGCCAGAGGGCCUGCAGAUGUUUGCCUGUGUGAUUGCUGACAUCAUUGAGAGGUUUACAGGAGCAGACACACUGGUGAUGGGAGACGUGACGUACGGGGCCUGCUGUGUGGACGACUUCACAGCUCGUGCCCUGGGAGCAGACUUCAUGGUGCACUAUGGACACAGCUGCCUGAUUCCCAUAGAUUCCACGGCCGGAAUUAAGAUGCUGUACGUGUUUGUAGACAUCCAGAUGGACACGGCUCACUUCCUGGACACCCUUCGCUUCAACUUUCCUCAAGGACACUCCCUGGCCCUCGUCAGCACCAUCCAGUUUGUGUCUGCUUUGCAGGCUGUGAGUGCGGAGCUGAAGCCGGAUUAUGAGGUUCUGGUGCCUCAGUGUCGACCGCUGUCUCCUGGUGAGAUCCUGGGCUGCACCUCACCUCGCCUGGACAAACAUGUCAAUGCCAUCAUAUACCUCGGUGAUGGAAGGUUUCACCUGGAGUCCAUCAUGAUCGCCAACCCAGAUAUCCCUGCUUACAGGUAUGAUCCGUACAAUAAGGUCUUCUCUCGGGAGCACUAUGACCACGAGGCCAUGCGGGCAAACCGACUGCAGGCCAUAGAGAAGGCACGGUCAGCCCAGAGAUGGGGUCUCAUUCUGGGCACGCUCGGACGUCAGGGAAAUCCCAAAAUCCUUGAGCAUUUGGAGAAUAAGCUGGAGGCUCUGGGAAGGUCGUUCACCAGGGUGCUGCUCUCUGAGAUUUUCCCCAGCAAGCUGGCUCUGAUGGCAGAUGUCGACGCGUGGGUGCAAAUUGCAUGUCCUCGGCUGUCCAUCGAUUGGGGAACAGCAUUCUCAAAGCCCCUGCUGUCACCCUAUGAGGCAGCAGUAGCCCUGCAGAAGGUAGAAUGGCAGGAGGUAUAUCCCAUGGAUUUCUACUCCAAUCAGAGCCUGGGGCCCUGGGCCCCCAAUCACCCAGACAACCAACCCAAACGACCCACGCGCAAACAGCCGCAGAAAACAGACAGUGUCCAGCAGGGCAGGAGUGGUAACUGUGAGAAGAGCGCCCUCUGCAGCUGCCAGCCGGAAUGAACCUUUACACUCACUCCCCAUCAGCUUCAACAGCAGCAACAUCCCAGCAGCCAACCGCAGCACAGCAUCUGCGUCUGCAGGAGACGACCAAUCAAAGGCCUUGGCGUAGCUCUGUUGUCAGAGCGCUGUGGAUAUCAGCUUUCAAGCACUCUCGCUGCCCACAAAGCACUACAUCAAACCAGCCCCCUAUCAGACUACACCAACACUGUGUGUGUGUCUCUGUGAGUGCAGAGUGUGUAAAUGUGAGUGAGAGUGAGUGUGUGUUUGUGUGUGUGUUGACCCUGAGUGCACAUUGCAGCAUGUGGGUGGCCAGUUAAACGCAAUCAUCUUGUCUCUGGGCGAAAAAGGAGCUGCCAAACACUUUGCCUUGUGUUGACCUUCAUACAUUCUAUUGGAGGCAGAAAUUGCAGGAAGAAAGGAAGGUGUGCUCUGACCAGACAGAGAGAAAUGUGUAAUGUGCUUUCUUUCUUUCGUUCUUUCUUUCUUUUCCUUUUGUAUAUUAUGUUCUAGAAUACAUCUGCAACACAAAUAGAUGUUUAUAUGUGGAAUACAUAUAUACAGCUCUGGAAAAUAAUGAGAGACCACUUAAAAAUGAUAAGUUUCUAUGAUUUUACUAAAUUGAAAACCUCUGGAAUGUAAUCAAGAGUAAGAUGGAAGAUCACAAGCCAUCAAACCAAACUGAACUGCUUGAAUUUUUGCACCAGGAGUAAAGGUAUACAAUUAUCCAAAAGCAGUGUGUAAGACUGGUGGAGGAGAACAUGCCAAGAUGCAUAAAAAACUGUGGAAAAAAAAAGAGUUAUACCACCAAAUAUUGAUUUCUUAAACUCUUAAAACUUGAACUAUUAAUAUGAACUUGUUUUCUUUGCAUUAUUUGAGGUCUGAAAGCUGUGCACUUUUAUGGUAUUUCAGCCAUUUCUCAUUUUCUGCAAAUAAAUGCUCUAAAUGACAAUAUUUAUAUUUGGAAUUAGGGAGAAAUAUUGUCCGUAGUUUAUAGAAUAAAAUAAAAUUUAAAUUUUACUCAAACAUAUACCUAUAAAUAGCAAAAUCAGAGAAACUGAUUCAGAAACUGAAGUGGUCUCUUAAUUUUUUUUAAACGCAAUAAACUGCAACAGUAUCAUUGAAUUUUUUAUUUUUUUUUUUCUUCAGAAUUACUCAGUAUUAAUCAGUGUGCGCUCUGAAAUGUUCUCUUCUGGCCGAUGACUCAACACUGCUCUAUAGUGCACUAAAGGAGGUGACAUUGUGCUGCAUUAGCUGGAGCCUUUUAUAUAAGCCAAAUUAGUCUGAUUCUUCUGAGCAGCUGCAUAGAUUUUAUAGUAUAAUUCAGUAUAAAGGAAACCUGCAGAUGGUAUAUUUAUGCAUGUGUUGUAUUGUCAAUGGAUGAAACAUAUAUUAGUUUAUAUUAAUUAGUUUCAGAAUAUCAGAUCAUACUGUAGGUGUACUGCUAAUAAUCCAAAACCUUCUGUCUCCUAAAUGUCAGCUUUGUAGGUGAUGGAGAGGAAAAACCUACUUAACUUUCAGCUGGAGUCAGUGGUAUAGAUAAAAAGUUAUAGAUCCAAGGAUUUUAUUGAGAAUUUCUAAUGGUUCAUUUAUAAAGACCUUUUAGCACUAUGUAAAAAAUGCCAAAUUCACAUCAUGUCAAAAAAUUAAAACCAUCAAAAAUGUAUUUUUAUGAUUAUAUAUAGUUCAGUGCUCACACAUAAAGUCUUAGCUCUUAGUUUACACAAUAAAUCGGGGGACAUAAAUCUAGCCCAGGUUUUUUUUGCUGCAACAAGCUUUGCAAGCCUAGCCUGUAGUGAAGUUUAGUGUAUUUAUAAGUCUGAUAAUAAGUUACAGUCAGAAUAUUGAGGAAAUGCUUGUUAUUUUCAGUUAUUUCAUAUACAAAUGUGAAAAAAAUAAGAGAUAAAGAAAAUAAGAAAUAACGUUACAAGUCACUCUAUCUGUACAAGACGAGAAGGCUGAGGGGAGGGGGGACAAACAAGGAAACAGUUACUAUAACCGUAUAACUACUACUGUUCCCACAAUAUAUUGCAAAUCUUUUGCCGUACUUCAUAACGUUCCUGGGUGAAUUUUAAAAGUGUUUUAAAAGUGUUUUCAUUAUCGUAACUGUGGUGAUUUCUCAAAAUAAACCUUUCAAUCCAUA